UUACAGAAACUAUAGGGCUAGAUCUGAUACUAAUAAAUCAAGUUUGUCCUCUUUCCCCUAAAAUUUUCCAGUUGACAGUAAUGGAUACAGCUCUGUUUUCUCCUUCAUCCCUGUUUGGUGGCAGUGAUAGCAACUCGUCUGAUGAAGAGAACACCGAAACUCAGCAAAAUUUUGUGGAGAGGAAGCACCAGUUCCCUGAAAUGGAGUUGCUCAUCCAAGAAUUUUCUUUUCACCAGAUGAAUGCUAAUUUACUUUGGCCUGGGACAUUUGCAUUUGCAGAAUGGCUUGCGCAAAAUACGUACUAUUUCAGAGGGUGUCGCAUAAUUGAGCUAGGCAGUGGAACUGGAGCUUUGGCCAUCUUCUUGAGAAAAUCAUUUCAACUUGAUAUUACAACAUCGGACUAUGAUGAUCCAGAUAUUGAAGAGAACAUAGCACAUAAUUGCCGGGCGAAUGGCGUUUCACCUGUCCUUCCUCACAUAAGGCAUUCAUGGGGAGAUGUGUUUCCAGUAGCCGAUCCUGAUUGGGACCUCAUAAUUGCAAGUGAUAUCUUACUGUAUGUUAAACAAUAUGAUAACUUGGUAAAGACACUUUGCUUUCUCUUGAGAUCCUACAAGCCAAAACUUAAUGAAGCAGAUUCCAGUACUAGUGAAGAAAAGGACAUGUGCCCAUUGCCUCGGCCAGCAUUUUUAAUGAGCUGGAGACGUAGGAUAGGGAAAGAAGAUGAGUCACUGUUUUUCACAGGAUGUGAAAAGGUCGGUCUUGAAGUAAACCAUUUGGGAUCCCGUGUGUAUUGUAUUCAGCCCAAAGAAACGAGUUCCAUCGUACCGGUAUAAGAUAUGUUUGAGUUUUAGAGCUAUAACUGAAGUUUAACCUUGUGCUGGUUACCCCCACGGUGAGGGCACAGGGGUCUAGUACCCUUUGCCAUAUCUUCAUGUGUUAUUCUUCCGUUAGAUGGGGCUCGCACAUGUUCUGCAAUACACACCCCACACCCCCAAAUACUCUUCCAGUAUGAAAAGUUCUUAAUGUUAAUUGAAGUACCCGGAUCUUAAUGAGGAUCUUUUAUUUUCUUUUCGGGACACAUGAAGCUACCUGAGUGUAGAGGAAAGUCCUAUGACGACUUGUAACACAGCCUAGUAAUGACUCAUUUGAUGUAUUUUUUUGCUUGUGAGAACUGAGAAGUAUUGCAUCUUGAGCAGAAUUUUUCAUAUGCAUUCAACAG